AUGACAGCUCUCAGUCUGGUCGCUCUGGUCAGCUUGGUGUCCACUGUUUUUGCCAAGCAGUUGGACGCGCACCCACCCCAACAACAACAUGGACACUGGGCACAGAUCUGCAGCGGGAAUCCCACCAACAAAAUCCGGGGCUGCGAUAGAUAUGGCUGUGGCCAAUUCGGUGCUGACAGGCACAGUGGUAAAGGAAAGCACGUGGGUGUGGAUGUCAUCUGCGCUGACGGAGCGACAGUGUACGCUCCUUUCUCCGGCCAGCUUUAUGGACCCAUUCGAUUCUUUCAUAAUGGAAAUGCCAUCGAUGAUGGAGUCCAAAUCAGGGGACAAGGUUUCUGUGUAAAGCUCAUCUGUAUUCACCCCAUCAGAUACCACGGCCAAAUCUAUAGAGGACAACAACUCGGGAGAAUGCUGCCAAUGCAAAAAGUAUUUCCUGGCAUUACCUCUCACAUCCAUGUUGAGAACUGUGACCACUCUGAUCCUACUCCUCUACUGACGCCUGAUGUCCCACCUUUCCCACAACAAGACACACAAUGGUCAACAGUGUGCUCUGGCAAUCCUACAAACGAGAUAAGAGGCUGUGAUAACUACGGCUGCGGAUACUACGGAGCUCCAAGACGCAAUGGUAAAGGAAAGCACAAAGGUGUGCACAGAGGCGUGGAUGUCAUCUGUGCUGAUGGAGCAACUGUGUAUGCUCCCUUUUCUGGUGAGCUCUCCGGACCCAUUAAAUUCUUCCACAACGGAAAUAUCAUUGAUGAUGGAGUCCAAAUCAGGGGAGCAGGCUUCUGUGUAAAACUAGUCUGCAUCCAUCCCAUCAGAUACAGAGGUAGAAUCUCUAAGGGACAAAUCCUUGGGAAAAUGUUGCCAAUGCAAAGAGUAUUUCCUGGUAUCACAUCUCAUAUUCACGUUGAGAACUGCGAUCACUCAGAUCCUACUACCUAUCUCCAAAGGGGGAAAGGGCAAAAAGUGUGA